UGAGAAUCCACAUGGUUUGUUUUUUGAAACUUUAUCAGAUUCUUACAUCAAAGAAUGAUUUUUAAAUUUCAUCCAACUAAAUAAAAUAAAAUGAAUCCAAAGAAAAUGUCUCAUCAUCAUUCUAAUCAACCAUCGAAACGGACAAAAUCAAAUCAUGAUAAUAAUGCAAAACAGACAUUGGUGAUACCAACAGGAACCAAAUGGUAUCGACAAAGAGUUGUGGAUAAUAUUGGUCCCAAUUCAAAUCAAUCAUUACGAUCAAGUCAUGAUCAUGUGACUGAAUUACGUGCUGAGGCAAUUAAAUUGUUAAAAUGUGACUAUUAUAUUUAUGAUCAACAAAAACAAAACGGAUCAAAAGCACAGGAUUUUGAAUGGAUCAAAACGGUAUUAUCGAAUGGCACCGUACAGGAUAAAUUGGCAGCAUAUACCGUUCUCAUACAGGAUUCAAUUGUACAUAAUCUUCGUUCAUUAGAACAAUUGAUACGUUUUGUGAAUGGAAAAGGAAAACGGGAAUGUAUAAUGGCUAUCGACACGGUACGUGAUCUUUUCAUUGGUGAUCUAUUGAUUCCCAAUCAAAAACUACAAUCAUUCGAACAAUUGAUCAAUUCAGCUGAUCAGGAUUUCCUUGUCACUAAUGAUAACAUUUAUCGACGCAAAUUCCUAAUUAUCGCACACGUUGAAGAUCAAAUACGUUCAUUUUAUCGUCGAUUUUUGGAACAAUUAGUUCAAUGUUCACAUGAUACACUGGAUACGUUGAAAAUGAAAUCCAUUCGAACCUUGUAUGAUUUAUUCAUAAACAAUCCGGAACAGGAAAAGUUUUUAUUGGAAAAUUUGAUCAACAAAUUGGGCGAUCCAACCCCACGUAUAGCAUCGACGACGGCACGAUUAUUGGCACAGAUUCUUCAACACCAUUCACAGAUGAAAACGAUAAUCGUGAAACAAGUUGAACGUUUGUUAUUUCGUCCAAAUAUAACUGCUCGCACUGAAUAUUAUUGUCUUUGUUUUUUAAGCGAAAUCAUUUACCAAUCAAGUGUUGAUCGUCAACUAGCCAAUCAUGUUAUACAGAUUUAUUUUGCCAUUUUUACUAAAUGCACGAAAUUAGGUCAAGUGAACAGCAAAACAAUGUCCGCAUUAUUAACAGGUGUAACACGUGCAUUUCCAUAUUCGAAACUUGAUUCGGAUAUGAUUGAAAAACAUUUGAAUACUUUCUAUAGACUAAUACAUUAUGUUAAUCGCAAUACAGCCAUACAGACAUUGUCAUUAAUGUUUCAGAUGAUUUUAUUCACCCAAAAUGGCUCAUUAACUGAUCGUUUCUAUUCAUCAUUGUAUCGUUUUCUAUUGGAUACAACAUUGGAUCAAUGUAGCAAGUUGAAUCUAUUGUUGAACAUUAUUUAUCGAUCAUUGAAACAUGACCCGAUCAUACGUAGAGUACGGGCAUUCAUCAAGCGAUUGUUACAGCUAUGUUUAAAUUCAUCAUCAUCAUUUGUAAUAGCCAUUUUGAUUCUUAUUGGUGAACUGUUGAAAACAAAAGAAGGAUUCAAAAUUGACAUUGUCCCUAUGAGGGAUACAAAUCUCAACAUAGGAGAAGAUGAUGAUGAGAAAACUCAGAGGGACAAAACAAAGGAUGAGAACAAUGGAAAUGAUGAGAAAUAUAAAUUCGAUUGUCGUAAUCCAUUAUAUGCAAAUGCCGAUCAAGAACCGUGUUGGGAAUUGUUUGCUUUACGAAAUCAUUUCCAUCCAACUAUACAAAUGUUUGCCCAAAAAAUAAUCAACAACGAAACAUUCGAAUAUGACGGUGAUCCAUUAGAAGAUUUUAGCCUCAAACAUUUUUUGGACCGUUUUUCAUUUAAAAAUCCUAAACGUAUUGAUGAUGAUGAUGAUGGUGGUGGUGAUGUUGGAAAAGUUUUCAGUCGAAUUACAAACACAUCAUCAUCAUCAUCAUCAUCAACCAUGAAUAUCAAUUCAAAAGAUUAUGUCGAACAAAACGAACAACAGAUACCGAUUGAUGAACGUUUCAUCUAUAAAUUUUUACAGCAAAGAAAAAUGAUGAAAAUGGAUAAAUUGAAUGACGAUGACGGGGAAAGUGAUAUUGAAUCGGUGACCAGUCUAGAAUUUAAUGACUUGCUUGAUAAUUAUGAACAAUAUAUCGGUGAUGAUAGUAUGGAUUUCGCUAAAGAUUUACAAACAUCUAAAAAGAAAAAAAAGUCUAUGGAACAAAAACAACCGAUCAAUGAUGAUGAUGAUGAUGAUGAUGAGGCUGAUUUUGAUGAAGAAUUUGAUGAUGAAGAUUUCGAUAUGGAAGAUUUUGACGAUGACGCUGAUGAAUCAAUUCCAAGCGACACCAAUCAAACUGAUGAUGAUGAUGAUGAAGACUUUGAACAACCAGCUGUACGUAAAGAAAUAGGCAAAAAUCGUGCACGUAAUGCUGCACCAUUCAAAGGUAAACAUGGUUUUUCAUCCAUUACAAACGAUAUAUUUGCAUCGGCCGAGCAAUUUGAUCAUUUACUUGAUCAAAAUGAUACCGAUUCGGACUAUGAAAUGGCCAUAGCUGAUGACGAUGAUACGAAAUCGAGAAAAUCAACAAAAAAUGUCAAACGAAAGAAAAAAUAUCGUCCAAAUCUGCGACGUAUGAAUAAACGAAUGAAAUGAAUUUUAUUUUAUUUCAUUUUUUCAUUGCAGUGUUGUUGUAUACAUAUGAUUAUGAUAAUAUGAUAAUAUGAUAUACGAAAGGAAAAAUGAAUA